GUGAGAAUAAGUUCACCCUCGAGACUCCCACUUCUAAUCUGUUUGUGUCAUCUGACCUUGAGGUGCCAUUGUACAUUUGACCAUUGCAUCUUGCCUGUUCCAUCUAUCUAUCCCAAAGCCUCCACAGACACAACCCCUUGAGAACAUUGCCAAAGAUGGAAACCCCGACAGUGCCCAUCAACUUUGUCCCUGUCAGUGCCGGCGAGACUUUUAAAUUGGGGACCAUCACCAUCCGAAUCAUGGAAGAUGGGUCUCGUACCGACAAUCGUCUGGGCAGUGCCGAGUUUACGGUCCCGCCACAUACAUCCGGACCUCCACCACACUGGCAUGAAAUGCACGACGAAACGUUUUUAGUGACCCAAGGUACAUUACGGUUCCACGCGCUCAACGGAACAACCGUCGAUGCCAAAUUGGGCGACUACGUGACGGUGCCGACCCGUUCGCCGCAUACCUUCUCCAACCCCUACGACGAGCCGGCAAAAUUCUUCAACACCUACACCCCGGCCUUUUACAUCAACUACUUCAAGCUGUUGGCCACCCUAGGCGAGGCCGGCAAGCCCAUGAACCCAGAAGCCAACAAGAGAGCUAUGGCGUAUUUUGCCACCAUUGGUGUGGCCGAUGACGAGAUGCAAGUCGACAAACAACAGUUCUACGGCGAGGCCAAUCAGGAACAGGCUGAGAAGAAAUAGGAAUUCUUUUCAGCAGCAUAACCGAGGAGAUGCACAUGUUUUGGAUGAUGACUUGGUCGCUUUAUGGAUAUAUCAUUGUUUAAAUGGGAAGACCAUGUUCUACACUUCGGAAACAAAGACUCCAGCC